AUGAUUUUCCGAGCACUUCUUCUCUUCAUUUCUUCAUUUCUCUUCAUUUACAAAGCAACAGCUGGCAUCAGUUGUCUUGUGAUUCGACCAGGAUUUGGUCUCGUUUCGGAAGAAUGCCCAGAGAGAGCUGUUGGUUGUCGGAUAAAAGUUGAUCGAGACUCGAUUCAAUGGUACGAGUACAGUCGACUCUACGAUCGAAAUCAACUCGUUUGUGUAUUGCCCGGCGAGUAUGCACAGGCUUCUGGCUGUCAUCGGAAAAAGAGUGGCUCACAGUCUGUUCGGUGUUGGUGUGGUGAAAGGGAUGGAUGUAAUGAUCCAGAGACUUCACGAGCUCUCUAUAAAGCUUUUGAGAAAGGAGGGAAUUCAGCUGUUCAAAGUCUAGAUCAUUACACAAAUCCAGACUCUACUUGGAAAUGGCAUGAGACGUACACUAGGAAAGAAGAGAUUUCAAAAGAAAGGAAUCCCAUGGAGAUUGACGAUGUGGUGACGAGAAAGGUGAAAACGGGAAGAGUUCAUGUGGGAACAAGGGAAAUGAGCACGACGACGACCACCACAAAAAAGCCGACAACAAUCACGAGAAAAGAAACAGUGACAAAACAACAAAUCUUGACGACAACAUUUGAACCAGUCACUCCACCAACAUUGCCACCAACGAAAAGAACUGCGAGUCGACAAAAAGUCACCGGAAAAGUGCAUGUGACCGGAAAAGUCCACAAAGCUCCAAUUCUCGACAAGAAAGCCCAAGAUGCGAUUGAGGAUUUAAAAAUGCCGACAACAAGAGCUUUUUUAUUGACGAUGAGUCCAAAUGAGAGACAUCAUUUCAAUACAAAUACACCGUCUUCAUAUGAGUUAACACGUCGUCGAAUCUCUGAGGAAAUGAAAGAAGAAGAUUUCCGAUUGAAUCUCAUCCUCGAAGAUGAGGAAAAGGAAAUGUUGCUGGAUGCUGAUGAAAGAAGUGCUGAAUUGCAGAGAAAAGCUAGUCUAGAACGAGCAAGAGCUGAUGCAGAGAAGAGAAGGGAACAAGCUGAGAGGAAAGCACAGCCACUAGAGAUCGAUGGUGGUGAGAACGAGUGGGAAGACGAGUACGAUCAAGAGCAACAAGAUGGAUAUGGGUUUAGGAGAAAACAUAUGCUUCAACGCCGACGGGAAAAGGAGAAACAACGAGUGGUUGAAGAGGAGAGAAUGGCAAGAUUGGAAAGGGAACAGGCUGAAGAUCGAGAGCGAAAAGCGCGUGAGAAAGAGUUGGAGAGAAAAGUCGAGGAAGAGGUUGACGACUAUUUGGAUGGGGUGUCUCCACUCGGCUUCAGCGACUCCUCCUCGGCCACAUCGCUUCCCAUUUCCCUCUCAAUUCUCACCAUUCUUGCCAUCAUUCUCUUGCAA